CAUCCGCUAGCUUCACGAGGAAAAUUGUGUAUAUAUGUACCCCCACCAACCUGCCCCUCUUGGAUAACCCAGCUACCUAGCAGUAGUAGCACCUCGAUCAACACACAACACAAGGCAGUAUGCGUUCAGCUCGCCACCUCCACCUCCCGGUCUGGGCCCUCCUUCUCCUCCUGCACUUCUUAGCCUUCGUCCCGGCAGCCAGAGCACAGCAAGAAAUCGACGAUGAAUCGGAGUUCAGCUACGUCCGCGGAGCCAAGAACGGGCCGGAGAACUGGGGCAAGAUCAAGGAGGAGUGGGCGACGUGCGGCACGGGGAGGAUGCAGUCGCCCAUCCACCUCUCCGACCGCCGUGCCUCGCGCGCGCCCCACCUCGGCUACCUCAUCACCGCCUACGCCCCCGCCAAGGCCUCCAUCGUCAACCGCGGCCACGACAUCGCGGUGAUGUUCCACGGCGACGCCGGGAGCUUGUGGAUCAACGACACCCUUUACCACCUCAGUCAGGUGCACUGGCACUCCCCCAGCGAGCACCGCCUAAACGGCCGCCGGUACAGCCUGGAGCUCCACAUGGUUCACCUCAGCGCCGAGAACAAGGCUGCCGUGAUCGGCCUCCUCUACGAUAUCGGCAGCCCGGACGAUUUCCUGCACAAGCUCGAGCCUUACCUGCGGAGAAUGGCAGACAUGAAGGAGAAGGAGGAGAAGGUCGGCGUGGUAGAUUCCUGGGUGGCGCGGGGAGAUGGCGAAGCCUACUACCGGUACAUGGGUUCCCUCACCACGCCGGCGUGCGACGAGGGGGUCAUCUGGACCGUCAUCAAGAGGGUUGCUACCGUCUCGAGUGACCAACUAAAGCUUCUUACCGACGCUGUGCAUGACGGCUUUGAGAUGAACGCGAGACCCCUUCAGAAGGUGAAUGGCAGAGAUAUCGGCUUGUUCUGCCCUGAUGAUGACCAUGAACGCUAUUACGCUGCUGCUGAUCAUUAAUUAGCUCUACACUUGAGCCAACCUGACGGAUUGACUGCAUAUGUGUUAAUUUGUUGGCAAUUAAUGGCGAAGAAGAGCGAUGACAUGGAACACUGCAAACGAUCGUGACUCUGCGACAAGCAGGGAUGUUUGUUGGCCUUGGCACGGUUCUUAGAAUUCCUUAACAAAGUCAAAGUCACAGACGUGUCGUUGUUGAUAUCUUCAAUACUUGGAUAAUAAGAGUCGAAUCUAGUAUGCUAUCUUGUUUGUGUCUUCUUUCCUUCUAUUGCAAUAAAAAGCGCGUUGAUCACGGCAUUGCCAUUUUCUUGACAACAUGUGCUAGAUCAUAGUUUUUUUCCUGCAAUCAUUGCACAUCAGAUCCAAUCUAAUGUAUCAUUUUAUUAUGUAGUAUC